AUGGCGGCGGUUCGUGCAGGUGCCGUUGGCCUCUCAAAACAGGCCAGAUUCGUCAUGUAUUCUUCCACAAGAGGCUCCGAUUGGGACUCUCGUGACAGUGGAAACGCGGAUCGAGCUCGUCAAAAUCGUCCAUCAGUCUACGGAAAACGAUACGGCGUGGCGAUGAGCAAUGCGGAAACGGUCCGUCAGCGGUGGAAAAUGCGUCGACGACUUUCGGAUCUAAAAGUGAAACUGUGUGAUGUCACCUUGAUUCUGGCAGUUAGUGGUCUGAUUCUAGCAAUGCUGGAUGUUGAAUUCACAGCUACGCGAGUAUUGGAGGAUUAUGUGAAUAUUGAAGAUUUAUCAUUCAUCUUAAGAAUCACAGCAAUUGUCACAACGAUUGCUCUACUCUUUUUUCUACUUUUUUAUCAUUUCAUCGAUACCAAAAUUCAACUAGUCGAAACGGGUACAUCAAACUGGCGAGUAGGUAUCACAUCUGAACGAGUGCUCAAUACCCUUCUAGAAGUGGCAAUAUGUGGAAUUUGUCCGAUCCCAGAAACCGGUUUCGUCGCGUGGCCACAAUUAUCAGCUAUAGCUGAAAAGACCCGUCAAUAUGUGAAUAUUCCAAUAAGUGUCCUUCUGACUCUUCCAAUGUUUCUUCGAUUUUUUAUUGUGUGUCGAUAUAUGGUUCUUCACUCAUCUCAACAUCAAGACACUGCCACAAGAACAAUUGCUUCGUUGAAUCAUAUUGCAGUUGAUUUUCGAUUUGUUCUUAAAAGUGAAAUGUACGAACGACCACUUUUUGUCUUAUCAAUCGCUUCGUUACUCUUCUGGUGUGUCGUUUCUUGGAUGUUGACUCAAUGUGAAAGAUAUGCUUAUCCGUCAAUUAGCGGUUUUCAACACUUUGCCGAUUAUUUAUGGUUCGAGAUCAUAACCUUCUUCUCAAUCGGUUAUGGUGACGUUCAAGUGAGCACAUACUGCGGAAGAGGCUUGGCAAUGUUGACUGCCAUAGUAGGAACACUGUUUUCUUCAACCCUUAUUGCUCUUAUCAGUAGGAAGUUGAUUUUAACGACAUGCGAAAAAAGAGUCAACCAUAUUAUUGCUGAGAAUAAUAUAACGAAUGAACACAAAAAUGCGGCCGCGUGCGUUCUUCAGAAUACAUGGCGGACUGUGCUUCGGAGCAGAGAUUACGAUAAAACGAAUACAAGGAGAAACCAGCAGAGACUAGCCAAAUCACAAAGAAUGCUUCUUUGUUCAGUGUUGACGUUCCGCAAAACCCGCUGGAAACUUCGAAUGCAAAUGGAGGACGAAGACGACUACUUCACCGCCCGUCGCGCUUUCAACGAAACCGAAGAUCGCCUUCAGAAGGUCCGUCAACGACAAUCGCAACUCGAUGGCAAGAUAUCAACGUUGUUUGAGAAUGUGGAGGCGUUGACGCAGGCGGUGAUGGCUAGGAAGUGCUAUUUGAGACAAUAA